CAUUUCUCUGAUUGUUUCUACAUCCUUUGGAGGAUUUAGCCUGAAAACUCUGUGAGCAGGAAAAAGAACAAACAUUUAUCUUUCAAACAUGGCACCCAGAAUCAGAAAAAGGAAAUAUUUGUGAUUUACCCAAAUAUUCCAAGUCUUUACUUUCAUUUCAUUUCAUCCCUCAUCGUUAGAAGUUGGUUUUCUUUUUUGUUUUCUGAGCAGCUGUUACACUGAAUGGAAUAGACUCUUAUGUACUGAAAGAAAGACGAAGCCACAGCCUUCCUCGGCAAAGGGGGAGGAUUACAGGAAAGUCUCUGAGGCACAGUUUAUCACACAUCUCCAGCAUUCGGGCGCACUCCAGGCUGCAGUGCGCGUCGCAGUUCAGAUGGAAAAUAAAAUAAACGGAAGGAUGAGCAACAUUAAUACUUCUAACGCUGAUUCCACCGACGCAAGGGUAAACGAGCUGAUUGAAGCUGGGUACAGUAAUACCAAACUGCCCAACGAGGCACCGUCUCUAACCUGCAUGUCCUCUUCUGUGCGUAAUUUUGGAAACGCUGGCACACUUAUCCACGGUCUGAAUCUAAGUGGCGAUGGCGCAGUUUUCAAAGACUGUAAUAUAGAUGGCUCACUCGAUGCAAAAUGCAAUUUCUAUGACCGUAGCAGUGAAUAUCUCAAGUGUGACAGUGUGCCAUGGGGAGAUUUUGUAAAUGUGGCCUCUUCCGAAAGUUUGCAUGGCGCAACUUUGAGUCUCUCCUCAGCACCUGGAGCGUGUAAGUUCAUCAAAGACGAAAAGGAGCCUUCUGUAAUUAUGGACACCCCUUGUCCCAACUUUGAUCCAUCAUCGGAGAUGCCUGCUCUCGACACCUGCUGUGACACCGACACUAAGCAGCAGUUAGGGCUUGGUGACGGGGAGUCGACAAGCUUCAUGCCAACCACUGUGGGUCCUCGACCGAGUCUGGAGGGAUCUCCAAACUUUCUGAUCGACCUGAACCAGCCGGAGCAACUACCGGCGCUGAGCCAGGAGAGGACUGACUCCAGGUGUGGUUUGUCGGGGAAAGCUGUCAUCAGCUUUGAUGCCAACAGGCACACAGCCACGCAACUGACGAUGUACAAGAACGAGGCUCCCCGUUGGCAGGUGCAGAUGUCUCCAGCUGAGUCUCAGUACUGGUGCCAGUCCACAGGGGUGACAGAAGACCCGUUCACACACAGCGGCUAUGAUGGGAUCCAGAGCCAAACCCUGUCCCAGAGGAACCCAUCACCUUUCUCCGCAUUCCCGGGUAUGCCACCUCAGAGAAUGUGCGUGAUCUGUGGGGAUGAGGCAUCUGGUUGCCACUACGGAGUUUUAACCUGCGGGAGCUGUAAAGUCUUUUUUAAAAGAGCAGUUGAAGGCCAUCAUAGCUAUCUCUGCGCUGGGCGAAAUGACUGCAUCGUGGACAAAAUCCGGAGGAAAAAUUGCCCCGCAUGUCGCCUCAGAAAGUGCUAUCAAGCGGGAAUGAUGCUGGGAGGCAGGAAGCUGAAACGGUUUGGAGCCUUGAAAGCCUUGGGUUUGCCCCCGUCCCUGAUGUUCCAGUCCCACUUGGCCAUGUCCAGUGACAACCAGGCCUUGACCACCAUGUCUUGCAUACCAGGUGUCCGUGAGGUGCAACUCUCCCAGCAGAUCCUCAACAUCCUGGAAAACAUCGAACCAGAUGUUGUGUACGCUGGUCAUGACAGCACACAGCCCGAUGUUUCCCAUCUCCUGCUCAACAGUCUCAACAGACUGUGUGAGAAACAGCUGCUGUGGAUUGUCAAGUGGUCCAAGUGUCUGCCAGGGUUUCGUAAUCUUCACAUCACUGAUCAGAUGACCCUCAUCCAGUACUCAUGGAUGAACCUGAUGGUCUUCUCUCUUGGCUGGCGCUCCUUUCAGAAUGUCACCCGUGAAUACUUGUACUUUGCACCUGAUCUGGUCCUUAGUCAGGAGCAAAUGAGGAGAUCUCCGAUUUAUGACCUCUGCCUGGCGAUACAGUUUAUUCCUCAGGAGUUUGCGAAUCUUCAAGUUUCCCGUGAGGAGUUCCUCUGCAUGAAAGCCAUAAUAUUACUCAACACAGUGCCUCUUGAGGGACUAAAAAGCCAGGGAGCAUUUGAGGAGAUGAGACAAAACUACAUCCGGGAGCUGACCAAGGCCAUCCACAUGAAGGAGAAGAGCUUGAUGGCCAGCUCACAGCGGUUCUACCACCUCACCAAGCUGAUGGACGCCAUGCACGAUAUUGUGAAGAAGGUCAACCUGUUCUGUCUGAGCACCUUCAUCCAGGCAGAAACCAUGAGAGUGGAGUUUCCAGAGAUGAUGUCGGAGGUCAUUGCCUCCCAGCUUCCCAAGGUCCUGGCAGGCAUGGUGAGGCCCCUCUUAUUCCACACCAAGUGAUGACGCCAGCACAGACAUCGCAACUCUGCAGUGACUGGAUUACUGACCCUUCAUUUAUGGGAUUUUUCAUAGCCUCCGCUUUUGUAGUCCGUCAUCUAUUCUUUGCCAAAUUGCAUCUAAUGGUCUUUAGCUCUUUUACUUACGUGAGGUUAAACAGAAUGAACAUGUUCCUUAAACAUAGAACUAUCUUGACUAUUAUGAAUUCAGAGGCAUCAAUCAAUAAAGCACCUCUGUGUAAUUCUGGUGGCCUUCCCAUCCUACAACUUGUGUACAAGAUGGUACUUAUUAGCUGAUAUACAGUCCACUAGAGAUGCUGAUAUUUUUGUACUGAAGAAAACUACAAACAGUGACAUUUUAUUCUUAAUAAUUGAGAAAUGCAGGAGACAGGAACCACUUAAACUAAUAAAAUUCUUUUAGUGUGAGCAGCAGAGUUGACUCACUGCACCGGGAGAAACUGGAACAUUAACUGUCUUUAAGGAAUGUGUAAUACAACAGCCAAAAAAAAGACCACUGUGUGCUUAGGUGAUUUACAAAUAACUCAAUUAGCACAGAUGCCGACCAGGCUGCAAAAUGCCCUAAAUGUGUUAUUUCCAUAAUUGAAUGUGUUUAAAAAAAAUGUCAAAACACAAACAAUUACGGAUUCUAAUGGAAUGACUCUGACAGGUUUUAAUUAAAGAGAAGUUUCUGGAUCAGUUACAGAAGUGAAAAACAAUAAAUCGUCUUCUCCGUGGCACAUGGUCAUAUCAACCUGACCUAAAACAAGUUGUUACUAUGUUGCUAAUUGCUGAGCUGUACAGUUAACAAUCAAGAAAUGGGACCAAAAAUAAAACUUAUGGUGGAUAUAAUGAAAUGUGCAAUAAAAGCAAAUGGAUAGGAAGGAACCUACGUCAUGCUAGAAAUGUAUUUUCUUAGUCUAAUCCUGGCUUUUCUUUUUAGUGAACAACAGGAGACGGCUGUAUUUUACCCACCAGCAGUUCAUAAACUUACAAUAAAUUCUCACUAUUCAGCUUGAUUUACAGGCUUUUGAGUUUCCUUCCGCAAUGAGCACAAGUUGAACUCUUUAAACCGUGACAAAGGAUUUGGACCACAGGUCUUAUAAAUCACACUGUUUAUUUAUAGACAAGUUUAUGACUGUCAAGACACAGUAGAUGAUUGCAAGGAAACAAGCUUGCCAUAUAAAAAAAAAAAAAAAAAA